CGACAUCAUACCGUGGGACUGACAACUCCUCCGCGCGACUUGAGCUCUCGAACCAACACCUCUUCUAUUAUCGCCAGACAGAGCACCCACUCAUAGAGAUCAUGGCGCCAAAGAACACACCCGCCGGUGCUUGGGAGGACGACUGGGAAUCACUCGCGGACAAAGAAGACGAGAAGCCUGUAGAAGAGCAGCCAAAGCCCAAACUCACAAAAGCGCAACUCAAAGCACAGCAUGCUGAACUCAACAAGCAGCUUUGGCAGGCGGCCGAAAACCCAGAGCCUCAAUGGUACCCUGAAGUCCGCCCCGCGCCCGUAGCAGCAACCUUCAAGCCAAAAGUCACUAUGCUUGCGCGCAAGCCCACCCCUCAAGUCCUCUCCCGCAACAUGGCAGGCAUGAGCCUAGACGACGACGAUAGCGAAGAAGAGCGACGGAAGAAAGCAGCAGCAGAUUUCGAAGAGCGCAAGGCACGUGCACAGAAGGAGCGAGCAGAGAAGGAGCGCAAGUACGCAGAAGCACGAGAGCGCAUCUUCGGCUCACCAGCUGCUUCCGCCGCAGAAGACUCGCGCAGCAACUCCCCCAACAAAGCUACCCGAGGGAAAGGACGAGGACGCGGUGGAAGGGACAGCCAGCCUAGAUCGAGCAACGAGCAAUCGCCCGCUCGUACGGCACAUGCAGCUCCUGCGCGCCAACUCUUCGACCCAACAUACGCCCCAAAGCCCGGCUCCGUAUUCAUUCAGAAGAAAGAAUCCGGUAUCAGUCGUCCAUCUACACCAAACACACAAGAGAAACCUGUUCGUCAGCCACAAGGACCCGCAAGAGGUGGUGGACGAGGCUUCGCUCCAAGAGGAGGCUACAGUGCUCAGGCAGGUCCGUCAACAUGAGCUUGCCGAGGUUUCUGUCAUGUGGACAGACCUCUUCCGCGUCUAUAUUCUGAGGCGCGGAUGUCCCUUAUUAGGACGUUUGUUGACGAGGAACAGAAGCAAUAGGGAACGGGUGACCGCAGCGUCCGGGACUUUCUGAAGAGGUUCCGCAUAAUGACUCCACAGUCACCUGAACAGUCACCUCAGCAGCCAACGGAGGACUCACCUUAUUCGCCUCCGCCAACUAUGCAGUCAAUCGAGCAGUCAACUAAUCCGCUUCCACCAUCUACAUGGACAUACGCUCACACCGCGACGCUACAAACCGACCUCGCCA